AACCUCAGGUCAGUUCGAGUCCUGCCCGGCUGGGGCAGAGAGCGUCCGCCACUCCCACCGGAGGGGCGACCCCAGAGGCCCAGAGGUCUAGAGGCCCAGAGGUCCAGAGGCCCAGAGAGACGUCCGGAGGCCCAGAGGCCUAGCCGGGCGCCCGCCGCCUCCGCACCAGCUCCAGACCCCGAGCCCCCUCCCCGCGUCCCCUUCCCGAGGCUUCCCCGGGCCGCAUCCGACUCUCGCCGGGAGCCCACCGACGGGCGGCCAUGGGGCUCGGCCCGGGGCGCCGGUCCCAGCUCUUGUCCUGGGACAACCUGGCCCAGCUGGGCAUCUUCCUCGUGGUCUUCCUCUUGCUCCUGGACUUCCAGAAGCGAAGGAAGAGGUGGCGCGGGUACCCGCCCGGCCCCAGCUCCCUGCCCUUCGUCGGGAACCUGCUGCAGAUCGAUUUCCACCAGCCCCAUCUCUGCUUCGACCGGCUGCGGGAGAAGUUCGGCGACGUCUUCAGCCUCCAGUUCUCCUGGACCAACGUGGUGGUGCUCAACGGCCUCGCCGCGGUGAAGGAGGCGCUGGUGCAGAGGUCCGAGGAGACGGCCGGGAGGCCGCCACUAGUCACCUAUGAUCACCUGGGCUUCGGGCCCAACUCGGAAGGACUGGUGUUGGCCCAGUACGGGCAGGCCUGGAAGGAGCAAAGGAGGUUUUCUCUCUCCACCAUGAGGAACUUCGGACUAGGGAAGAAGUCCCUGGAGCAGUGGGUGACGGAGGAAGCCAGCUUCCUCUGCUCGGCCUUCAGCUCUGAAGAAGGCCGCCCCUUCAACCCGCACUUCCUCCUGCGUGGCGCGGUCAGCAACGUCAUCUCGUCGCUCACCUUCGGCGACCGCUUAGAGUACGACGACCAGACGCUCCAGAAGCUGCUGGACCUCCUGGACCAGAGCCUGAAGGAGGAGGAGGGCAUCCUGCCCCAGAUCCUCAAUGCCGUCCCGUGGCUGGUGACCAUCCCCGGCCUGCCUCAGAGAAUCUUCCGGGCCCAGAAGGCUUUCAUAACCCUCCUGGACACCUUCAUCGAGGAGCACAAGAAGACUAGGGACCCGGCCCUGCCCAGGGACCUGACGGACGCUUACCUGGAGCAGGUGGACCAGGCCAAGGACGAUCCCGGGAGCAGCUUCAACGACCGGAACAUCCGCAUAGUCGUGACGGAUCUCUUCACCGCCGGCACAGAGACCACCUCCACCACCUUAAAGUGGGCCCUACUGUUUAUGCUCCUCCACCCAGACGUCCAGAGCCGAGUCCAGGUGGAGAUCGACCAGGUGAUCGGCAGGGACAGGAGGCCGACCAUGGCGGACCAAGCCAAGAUGCCUUUCACCAAUGCGGUCAUCCACGAGUGCCAGCGCUUGGGGGACAUCAUUCCCAUCGGGCUGCCCCACCUGACCCUCCGGGAUACGCAGGUCCAGGGCUUCUUCAUCCCCGAGGGGACCUAUCUGAUCCUCAACCUGUCCUCCGUGCUGAAGGACGACACGGUCUGGGAGAAGCCACACCAGUUCUAUCCAGAGCAUUUUCUGGACCGGGACGGCCGGUUCGUGAAGCCAGAGGCCUUCCUGCCUUUCUCUGCAGGUCGCCGCGUGUGCCUGGGGGAGCCACUGGCCCGGAUGGAGCUCUUCCUCUUCUUCACCUGCCUCCUGCAGCGCUUCACCUUCCGCCUGCCCGAAGACCGGCCCAGGCCCUCGCUGCGAGGCCACUUCGCCCUGACCCUUGUCCCGCAGCCCUACCAACUCCAAGCCCUCCUCAGAUAGACGCCCACCCUCCAUCCCCACCCUCCCCUCCCCGCUCCCCCCCUUCUCCAGCUCACCUACCCCUCUCCUCCCGGCUCACCUAGCCACCCGGCUCCUCCUUCCCACCCCAACUCCCCGCUCACCCUGUCCCACUUCCCUGCCCCCCUUUCCCGCCUCACCCCGCCCACUUAGCCACCCACCCACCUCACCACAAAGUUACGGCUCUUACGGGGGGCAGACCGGCGUCUCACCCGGAACAUCUCCCCCUCCCACCCACCCCCUAACAUUCCCACCCCCGCUCACCCACCAACCCUCCCACCGUCUCCACUCUCCAAACCGGGGCAUCGGCUCUGGCUCUCUCUUUCUCUCAUCCUCGUGGGCAGGCCGGUUUCUGUUCCAUUAGAUUAGAAACCUCCUGCCCGAGCUCUUGAGCCUUUGCAGCUGCUGCUGACGGAGUUGUGUCCCCGGCCCUUGAGGGCGGGAACAGGUCUUUCUGCUUCCUUAGUUCCUCUAGCUAGCGCUAGCCCAAGUCCCUCGCUUAAUAAAUACUACGUGUUUAGAUCGAG